AUUUAACCCAAUUGACUUCUUCUGUUGUCUUCUCCGAUCAAUCUCCUUCAAUUCCCUCUCUGAGAUUUCAAAAUCCGCCAUGGACAAAACACAAUUGAUCUUCUUAGGACUACCGAUUUUCUUAUUUUGCUCUGAUCUCUUCAAUCUCUUCACUCCUCCACCGCCGAAAUCUCAGCACCAAUCACAACCUUCUAUCUCUAACCCGCAGCGUUUCCCAGAAACCCUAGAUUUCCCCUCACAGAAGUCAAGUGGUGUUGGAUAUGGAAACAUCGUAGAGAUCAACUUCUGCGUUUCCUGCUCUUACAAGGGAACUGCAGUAACAAUGAAGAAGAUGUUAGAGACAGCUUUUCUUGGAGUAGAUGUAGUUCUUGCGAAUUACCCGGCACCAGCGCCAAAACGUAUUCUUGCUAAGGUUGUGCCAGUUGCUCAAAUGGGAGUUAUUGGUCUCAUAAUGGGAGGUGAACAGAUAUUUCCUAUGAUUGGAAUUGCGCAGCCUCCUGCUUGGUAUCACUCUUUGAGAGCGAAUAGAUUCGGGUCCAUGGCUUCCACUUGGCUUCUUGGUAACUUUCUGCAGUCUUUCUUGCAAAGUUCUGGCGCCUUUGAAGUUAGCUGCAAUGGAGAAUUGGUGUUCUCUAAAUUGAAAGAAGGGAGCUUCCCGGGGGAGAUUGAGCUCAGAGAUCUCAUCAGUGGAACAUUGACGAAACCGUUCUUCGCAGGCAGCUACUGAGUAAUCCUUACGGGCUUACAAUCAUAGACACGAAUCUAGUGUUUAUGUUAAAAAGCUAAUGUGACAAAAUGUUCAUUGUUUGUUUUAACACCAACACCAUGUGUUAAUAUCCUCAAAUUGUGUGGUUGAUACAUAUAGUUCACAUGGUUUCUUAAGAUUUUGCUUAGCUACUCAGAUGAAUAUACAGAUUACAGGAAA